GCUUCGCAGACGCUCGCACUCGGCGGCGGGAGGGCGGGCGCGCGGCUGCAGCUGGAGCUCCGGGGCCCGGAGUUGGAGUUGCCGGGAGUUUCCCCCAACCCCUCCCUUUUCGCGCGCGGCAGCAGGAGCGGGCGCUGGAGCCGCCAGCGGUGGCGAGCCAGCACCCGGGCCCGCUGAGCCUUGUCCGGAGCCCGGAGCCCCGCGCGGGGGAGCCCCCGGGGAGGAGCCUCGCGUGCUGGGACGCGUGCCGCGCACUGGCACGGCUGAGGCACGAGUCAGGCUGCACGAAGAUUCACUGCGUGCCCUCUUCGCUUGUUCUGCAAUGAGUGCCAAAUCUGCUAUCAGCAAGGAAAUUUUUGCGCCUCUUGAUGAAAGGAUGCUGGGAGCCGUCCAAGUCAAGAGGAGGACAAAGAAAAAGAUUCCUUUCCUGGCAACUGGAGGUCAAGGCGAAUAUUUAACUUACAUCUGCCUGUCAGUGACAAACAAGAAACCCACACAGGCGUCCAUUACAAAGGUCAAACAGUUUGAAGGCUCCACAUCAUUUGUUCGGAGAUCACAGUGGAUGCUCGAGCAGCUUCGCCAGGUUAAUGGUAUUGAUCCUAACGGGGAUUCUGCAGAGUUUGAUUUGUUGUUUGAAAAUGCUUUUGACCAGUGGGUAGCCAGCACAGCAUCAGAAAAAUGCACCUUCUUCCAGAUCCUUCACCAUACCUGCCAAAGGUACCUCACAGACAGGAAGCCGGAGUUUAUUAACUGCCAAUCCAAAAUUAUGGGAGGGAACAGCAUCCUCCAUUCAGCUGCUGACAGCGUGACCAGCGCAGUGCAGAAGGCAAGUCAGGCCUUGAAUGAGCGUGGAGAGCGAUUAGGCCGAGCAGAGGAGAAGACAGAAGACCUAAAGAACAGUGCCCAGCAGUUUGCAGAAACUGCGCACAAGCUUGCCAUGAAGCACAAAUGUUGAGAAACUGCCUAUCCUGGUGACCCUUCUUAAGAGAAGCCGAAGAGUUUGUUCAGCAGUUUUUACAAGAAUUUCAGACCUCUGCUUGCUUCUUGUUUCCCAAUAUGUGGACACUUAGAGUGGUUUUUGUUUUUUUCUUUUCGGAUGUUAAUGUGAAAGAAAGAGUAUUGCAUUUAUACAUUUCCCUAAUGAUCUUGCUAAUAAAUGCUACCAUAGCAUCAGUUUCAUUUUGGGUUUUCUUCCUCCCACUGUGUGUAUGUAUGUAUAUGUGUGUUUUGAAUAUGUUUUCUUUAUUAAAAAAAUAUUUUUCGUAGUUUGAAUAUGAAAUUUGGACCAAAUGAUAAACUGAGCUGGGUCUAAACUGGCAACAUGUAUUUUUUUCUCUGAUAGUAAGCAGUAAGGCGUUUUAAUGUGGUGACAUCAGAUGUUAUUUUUCCUAGGUGAAAAUAAAAGUCAAGCAGUGAUUCGUUUCACUCACUGUCCUAGCUACACUUAAUUUGAAGAUUAAAAUUCUACAUUGUGGAAAACAAUUGGAUUUAUUGGGGAAAACAGCAGUCUUAGAUUUUGCUCCUUGCAUAGUAAUCUUGUGCAUGAACCAUCACCAGCAAAAAAAAAAAAAAAAUCACAGAUAGAAAUCUCCUUCCUGAGGUACAGUUUAAAUACUCUUACUACUUGUUUCCAGAUGUUUAUUUGGAAUUGUCAUAUGAAGGAUAAAAAUUUGACAGUGAAGACCUAAAGAAAAGCCUACCUAAAACCUGUGUAUUCACAGAUGUUUCUCUUGUCAUUAUCACAGUGAUGGUCACUGGUAUGGAAAAGUGAUUAUAUCUUUAUCAAAACUUCGUUUGUCUAAAUAAAGGUCUGUGUCAGUGAUAAUGUGAAAAUAUACUACAUUUAAAAUAUUUGUCUUGUCUUUUUACAGUCAUGCCUUUUUUAGAGACAUCCUCACAAUGUCCUUUGGAAAGGGCCUUUAGUUUCUUGGUAUCUGGAUUUUGGAGGUUUUGAUGUUGUUUUUGCUAUUUAUUUAGUGUAAUUUAAUAUGUGAGUUUCUUGACAAAUUGCAUUUCAUGGCAGUUGCGCCUUGCCUGGUCUGAUAUAAAACACCACUGUCACAAAGCCUUUACAUUGCAGUCAGUUUCAAUACAGCUGGUCACACACCUCUGGAUUUUCUGUUACUCAAGAUAAUAAGGGACUUAUAAUCUAGAAGUUUUGUUUCCUAAAGGGUUAAAAUGCUGAACAUAAAAAAGCUUUAUGAAACAAGGAGACAAGCUGCACAUCCCAGACACAUUGUAAGCCCACCAUUGCAGCCCAUUGAUUUUUAAGCUGCCUGAAUCUUGAGGACCCCUAUCUAGUCCAUUCUUUUCAUUUUGCCAAUUGAGUCUAUGUGUAUUGCAGCCUCUUACAUAGAAGCAUAAGGUGACUUUUGGAUUGUUAAUACUGAUUUAAGGGCCGGGCACGGUGGCUCACGCCUGUAAUCCCAGCACUUUGGGAGGCCGAGGCGGGUGGAUCACGAGGUCAAGAGAUUCAGACCAUCCUGGUCAACAUAGUGAAACCCUGUCUCUACUAAAAAUACAAAAAAUUAUCUGGGCAUGGUGGCACGUGCCUGUAAUCCCAGCUACUCAGGAGGCUGAGGCAGGAGCAUUGCCUGAACCCAGGAGGUGGAGGUUGCGGUGAGCCGAGAUCACGCCAUUGCACUCCAGCCUGGGUAACAAGAGCAAAACUCUGUCUCAAUUUAAAAAAACAAAAAAACUGAUUUAAAUAGCUUAAGUUCUCCUAAAAAAACAAAAAGCCAUUCCCAGGGAGAAAGUGUGUCUAUUAGGGGAAAAAAUAUUAGACAGUUCACAUUAAAAGGGAGAUGAGAUUUGUCAGAGACAAAUUUCAGAAUCCUUUUAGAUGAUCCAAUUCAAGAAAACUCUCUAUAAAAUUUAAUAAACUAUAUAAAUUAACUAUAAUAUUUUAUACUUUCUUUUUUGUGUCUUAAAAGUUUAAAGAAGUGAGGAACAUGACAUUUGGUGAGUACCAUUGGAAGCUAUUUUAGUUUCUACAAAAAGCUCCAAAUAUCACUCCAAAUAGAUGUUGUUUGCAGACUUCAGAAUACACGCGCGCGCGCGCGCACACACACACACACACACACACACACACACAGACAGAUGUAUUUGUCUUUCCAAAUUAGAUUCUGGUUUCAGAGAUAGAGUGUUGGUAUAAAUAAUUGAAAGGAUAAAUCUAAAACCCCCUGACAAUCGGCCAAAUUCAAGAACAGCAUUGGUUGCCAACUCUAACAACAGUGUUUGGGAAGCUGUUUCUAAAGUAGCGGCGGAUGAGGUCAUAAGCAUACUGUCAAACCUAAGAUUCUUCCUCCCUAGUAGAAUUAUGAUAGUUACUCUUGAUAAAUAUAAGUAUUCCAUGUCUUAACCUCUUUCUUCACUCUCUGUUUAUCCUUUUAGACCUAAGUCUCACUGGAAAUAGCCUGAAUUAGAAGAAAGCCCAUCUGAAUCUUUAUUAGCCUUCUCUAAUGAUUAGUUUCCAGACUAUGUUCAUACCUCUGACCUCUCAGUGUUGAAGUCCUACCUAGGCCUCCCCACAGCAGAGAGGGCUGUGGCAGCCAUCCCUUUCCCUCCUCCACCUCCCAGCCUCUUGCAGAGGAGCCCAGUGAUAACACAUGUGAAGUUCUUUGCUAUCCUUUUGUAGAAGGGGCUGCAGUAUAAAAUAUUAAUACAGUCUAACUUAGACAAAAUUGCUGGAUUAACUCUCAUCAUUUGGGACCAGUUCGUUUGGUUGAGCUUGCCUGAAGACUUUUUAUUUGUUUCAUUUCUGCACUUCUCUACGAAUUUGGGGAUACUAUAUUUCUGUGAAGGACUUACCAAAUUGUAUGGACAACUCAUAAAGGAAAGAAAUUUUCCAGUAUUACCACUUCAUGGAAUAUAGCUGUAGUAUUUCUCACUAGUAUUAUUAGAUACCUGUGUACAGAAAGUAUGCAGUUAUUCAGGUUAAUGUUUCAUAUUAAAGAAUGUAUUUGUAAAAUGUAACACAAUCAGUAGUUACCUUUUUUCCAGCCCUGAAGAAGUUCAGAUUAUGUGUUAGACUUAAAUUACAGUGACAUCUGUUUUAAUACUACUUUUGUGGCUAGCAAAGGUUGUGCAUCUAUUUAAAAUUAUUUACAGGAUGCCCUAAAUAAGGGGCAUUAAAGAUAGGUUUCGCUCUUAAUUUUAGAAAUUGUAACACUGCUGAUGUAUGUCAUACAAUUAUUAAUUCUUCAGAAGUUCUGUAAGAUGUCAAAUAUAAUUUUUAAUUCAGAGAUAAGUAACACCUGCUCUAUUGAUUCACUAUUACAGCAAACCCUAAUUUUGUCAUUAAAUAUUUUGACUCUGUGAUCAAA